AUGUCUUUUUCAACGCAGGGAAGUAGGGCCAAUGUUUGUGCAGAGUCCACAAACGGGGUGGUAUCUUUUAAUGGCACCAAAGAUAGUGAUCUGGCGGCGAAGAAGCUCUUGGCCCGCAAGGAGUGCCACGACCACCGUCUACUUACAGGAGAUGUGGAUCCUGGCACAGAAGAUGACGAACCCUUGCUGAAAGAAUCUACACGACGCUUUGUACUAUUCCCUAUACAGUAUACAGAGAUAUGGCAGAUGUACAAGCAGGCGCAAGCUUCUUUUUGGACCGUCGAAGAGAUUGAUCUCUCUAAAGACUGGAUGGACUGGAAUCUUCGAUUAACCGACGAUGAACGAUUCUUCAUCUCCCGCAUCCUCGCCUUCUUCGCGGCGUCGGAUGGCAUCGUCAAUGAGAACCUUGUUGAACGCUUCUCAAGCGAAGUCCAAGUCGCAGAAGCGCGCUGUUUCUACGGAUUCCAAAUAAUGAUGGAAAAUAUACAUUCGGAGACCUAUUCUAUGCUCAUUGAUACCUAUAUCAAAGAGCCGAAUGAACGCCAGCACCUAUUCGAUGCCAUCGAAACUAUACCAUGUAUCAAGCAAAAGGCAGAAUGGGCUCUCCGAUGGAUAGAAGACAAACGAUCUUCAUUCGCUGUACGCCUCGUUGCAUUCGCUGCCGUAGAGGGCAUAUUCUUUUCUGGAUCGUUCGCUUCAAUAUUUUGGCUCAAGAAGCGUGGAUUACUACCUGGCCUUACCUUCUCCAAUGAGCUCAUCUGUAGAGAUGAGGGCAUGCACACCGAAUUCGCUUGCCUCUUGUUUACUCACCUGAAACGUCGACCACAUCCAGACACCAUCGAACGCAUCAUCACUGAGGCCGUCGACAUUGAAAAGGUGUUCUUAACAGAUGCCUUGCCGGUCGCCCUUAUCGGUAUGAACGCGAGCCUCAUGUGUCAGUACAUUGAAUUUGUCGCCGAUCGCCUACUCGUUUCUCUCGGAAAUCAAAAGUACUAUCAAGCCUCCAACCCCUUCGACUUCAUGGAGAUGAUAUCAAUGCAGGGCAAGACCAAUUUCUUUGAAAAGCGCGUUUCGGACUACUCGCGCCCUAAUUUCCACAAUUGUGACCCGUCAAAUUCGUCUUCGCAGUGGACUUUUACGACUGAAGAAGAAUUUUGA